AUGGUUCCUGGGCAACCUGACACUCUGGAUGAGCAGGUCAAUCUGCCCUUUGGUCACACUGUUCAUGACAUAUGUGAGUUGGUGGCCAAAGUCUUUCCAAACCUACACCGUAACUACCAGAACCACAACUGGCUGAGUGAGCGUGCUAUCCUUGCUCCAAAGAACGUGGCAGUGGAUGACAUCAAUGCUAAGCUUCUGGCCCAGCUUCCAGGACAGGCCUCCAGCUACAAGUACAUGUCAAUUGACACAGUGCCCGAUCCAGAUGAGGUGGUUAACUACCCAGAUGAAUUCCUUAACAGCCUGGCACCAGCAGGCCUCCCACCACACAGCUUGGUGCUCAAAGUUGGUGUCCCAGUCAUGCUUCUGCGGAAUCUCGACCCACUCAAGCUCUGCAAUGGAAUGCGACUCGCAAUUAAGAAGUUGAUGCCAAGAGUCCUGAAGGCCACAGUAAUGACAGGCAAGGCCAAGGGAGAAGAUGUCUUUAUACCAAGGAUUCCAUUUAUCCCAUCAGACAUGCCAUUUGAGUUCAGGUGUCUGCAGUUCCCAGUCAAACCCAGCUUUGCAAUGUCCAUCAACAAAGCUCAGGGACAGUCCCUUAAGGUGGUUGGACUGAAACUGGCAGAGCCUGUGUUCUCCCAUGGCCAGUUGUAUGUCGGCUGCUCCAGGGUUGGUAACUCAGAACAGCUGUACAUCCACUCGCCAGGUGGCAUGACAAGGAACAUUGUCUAUCAAGAGGCU